AUGAUCGACGAGAAGCCCUUCAGCGACGUUAGGCGCGCUCGCUUCGAGCGGGGCGGCAAGCGGGCGUGGCUCGGCAAGAGCGUCCGCCGUGUCGAUCGCUACGAGGCGACCUCGCAUGCCGACAAAACAGCGGAGGUGAAGCCCUCGAACGAGUGGAGCCAAGGAUGCGUUGGAGACGGAGAACCUGAGAAUCGCCGCCUCGUUUCGGCCCUCGAGUGCACGCUUGACGACAUGCCGUGCACGCUCGACAAGGAUGGGGCGUGGGAGUGGCUUCCGGCGCUGCUCGCGGAGCAUGCCAUCCAGCCCCCAUCGCUCGUCAAGAGCAAGGUCGAGGUGCGCCGCGAAGGAUGUCCGUCUCGCGCGGAGGCGCGACAGGCGGCGGCGCGGCGCUGCCAGCCUCGCGGCGGCGCAAUCUACCGCAUGCGCAACAAGAGGACGCCCGCACCGUUUGCCACGCCGCCGUCCGAGGCGCCCGAGGGCGUGCAGGGGGCGCUGCUCACGCCGAAGAGGGUCGGUGGGCGCGGUGGGCGGCACGCCUCGGCCGCGGUGGUGCGUGCCAACCGGGUGGAGGCAGCGUGGGACGUGGAGCGAGCAGGCGGCGUGGGCACGAAGAAUGCGUUUAUCGAGAUCGACCUGGGUCAAAACUGCGACCUCACCGAGGUGCUCGCCAUCGGAGAGGGCAGCCUGGCCGGCUCGCCGUGGGCUGCGUCGGGCUACGCUGUGAGCCCGCCGCCUCGCCAUUACACCGAUCUGCAGUGGGUGACUCGGUACGAAGUCUCGGUGCGCGAGGCGGGGGGGCGGGCGUGGCGCUCGCUCGGCGUGCACAGGGGGAACGACGACGCCACCUCGGAGGUGGUGCACUCCCUCUCGCAGUUCAAGGGCGGCGUGCGCGCGCGCUUCGGGCGCGCCUACGCCCCCAAGAGCGGCAACAAGUGCGGCUGCGCCUGCUGCCUCCGCUAUCCGCCCCGGCCCUCGCGCACCAGCCGCAAGGCGGAGCUGCGGAGCGCGGUGAACGGCCCUCGCUGCGAGGAGUGUGAGUGA